UCAAAGCGAGAGUCGCCCCCUGCUAUCCCUCUCCUUCCCCUGUUUCUCCCAAAGUCCAAAUCCCAUCGCCCGCCGCCGUUCACAGCUCGCCGUUCCUCCACCUGAAAGGAUACCGGUAUGUCUCUCUCCAUCUCUCAACCCAACUCACUAGCUUGUACUCACACUUCAUAUCUUGAUUCUCGUCCAGUUUAGGUUUCCAUUGUUACACUCUCAUCGUCGUCCACUUUGGGUUUUUGAUACUUUCCGUUUCCACUGCGAUUGCAUUCAUGAGAACUGGACUGAACUCUAACCUUCAAUGACCACCUGUAAACAUUGAUCUUACAAACUAACCCCUUUUAAGAUUGGGAAUAUUAUUAUGUAAGUGAAUUCCGUUUUAGGGUUUAUUAUCUUCCUUGCCCUUACAGCUUUCUAAUAGGAGAUUGGGAGGAUUCUAUGGAGUUAGAUGCUGUUUUUUCUGUUUCUGUUUCAGUUACUCUGUCUGAUUGGCGCUGCUUGUUCUCUCUUUGGCAGUUUUGAUUCAAAUUACUGCAUUAUCAUUUAUGAGGCCAAGAAAAUCUGCUAAGUUCUCCCUGGUUUUGGGCAUUGCCCAUCAAAUUUACGAGAAAUUUGGCUUAUUCUGCCCCAAGAUUACCAAAUCCUACCUGAAUCCAUGUGCCCACCAAUCGCAUAUUCAAAGCUUUUGGAGGGUUUUUCCAUUAGGUGUACUGUAUUCGACUCAAUCCUCAAAACUUCCUGAAUAUGAAAUGCCUACGGUCACCUGGGGAGCUGUUCAAGGGCGCAAAGAAAAACUUGUUUCCCGAGUCAUAAUCUGUGACUACUUAAAGAGUUUGGGGAUUGUUCCUGAUGAAUUAGAACACUUGGAGCUGCCUUCUACGGUUGAAGUCAUGAGAGAGCGUGUCGAGUUUCUUCAGAAGUUAGGAUUGACGAUCGAUGACAUUAACGAGUUCCCAUUAAUGCUAGGUUGUAGUGUUCGCAAAAAUAUAAUACCUGUUCUAGGUUACUUGGAGAAAAUUGGGAUUCCAAGGCCAAAACUUGGAGAAUUUAUUAAGAAUUAUCCACAGGUCUUGCAUGCCAGUGUCAUUGUUGAGCUUGCUCCCGUCAUUAAGCUUCUUCGUGGGCUCGAUGUGGAGAAAGAAGAUAUUGGAUAUGUCCUCCAGAAAUACCCUGAGCUUCUGGGUUUCAAGCUUGAGGGGACAAUGAGUACAUCUGUUGCAUAUCUUGUGAGUAUAGGUGUUAAUCCAAGAGAUAUUGGACCAAUGGUCACACAAUACCCGUACUUUUUGGGGAUGAGAGUUGGAACCAUGAUCAAGCCCCUCGUUGAGUUUAUUGUUUCUUUAGGUUUGCCAAAGAAGAUAGUAGCAAGAAUGCUCGAGAAGCGAGCAUACAUACUUGGUUAUGAUCUUGAAGAGACCGUGAAGCCCAAUAUAGAUUGCUUGCUAAGCUUCGGGAUUAGGAAGGAGCUGCUUCCUUCGGUGAUUGCACAAUAUCCACAAAUUCUUGGGCUGCCUCUGAAAGCGAAGUUGUCUUCUCAGCAAUUUUUCUUUGACCUAAAGCUCAAGAUUGAUCCUGCAGGGUUUGCACAAGUGAUAGAAAAAAUGCCACAGAUAGUCAGCCUUCACCAACACGUGAUAAUUAAACCGGCAGAGUUCUUUCUUGGACGCGGUAUUCCGUCCUCUGAUGUAGCUAAGAUGAUCAUUAAAUGUCCUCAGCUGGUCGCCUGUCGUGUAGAACUCAUGAAAAACAGUUACUACUUCUUCAAGUCUGAGAUGGGCAGGCCAAUUAAAGAACUUGUCAACUUCCCCGAAUAUUUUACGUACAGUUUGGAAUCGAGGAUAAAACCAAGGUAUGAGAGGCUGCAGAGCAAGGGAAUCAGAUGUUCAUUAAAUUGGUUUCUCAACUGCAGUGAUCAAAGGUUUGAGGAGAGAUUGAAGGGUGAAUUCAUUGAAACAGAGAGUUUGAGGCCAUCAUUUUGUAUGGGAGGGAGAUUAGAACUACCAGGGAAUGAGAUUAUUGUGUCAGAUGAUGAGGUUGAGGAGGAUGAGUGUGAUGAAAAACUUCACAGACGUAUUGUUUCUCUUUAGAAAGUUCCCCCUUUUAUUUAUUCAAAUUUUCUUUUGCUCUGUCUGUUUGGUCUGUGAGCUAUUUUUGGUUUGAUAUUUUUUAGAACCUAAAAGACGAAAAAAAAUGGUGAAAAUACACAUUGUAUACUUAUUCUGAAAAAAGGAUUUUCAAAAAAA